UCAUCGUUACGUCAUAUGCUUACAGUGUAUGAUACAUACAUUUUAAACAAAAUUGUGAACAACGAACAAACCAUUAUUAUCUUUAUUACGUUAUUUAAUUUUAUCUGACACAAUUGUCACAUAUCUUCGUUUAUAUACCUACACGUAUAAGACAUAAUAAUAAUCAGUAAACGACGCGUAGUUGUAUGGUUGUUUCUUGUUACGCAAAGUGAAAGCACAAUGGCGCCAACGAAAGUGAACAUCGAUUUGCAGAACGAGAGAAAUAAGUGUACUUUUAAUGUGGAAGAAUUAACUAAUUUCUUAGACGAGGGACCACAAAACACAAAAAAUAGAAGAGAACUCGAGAAGAAAAUACUGAGUAUAAAAGGUAUUCGAGAUGAGAUUCCCGAAGAAUACCUUAGUCAUAAGGAGAAAUACGAGAACGCAGUGCGAAAAUCUGUUUUAUUAUACAAAGCUAUAAAAGAUAAUAAUGACAAAAAUACGCCUCUCGAGGAAAAGAUCAGAGCCAGCUUUCGGAAUGUCAUAUCAAGUGCCAUAUUUAAAGAUAAUUCACCUUUCAUGCUCCACAACGCAAUGUUUUUGACAGCUAUUCUUGGCCAGGCUAAUGAUGAGCAGAGGGAGUAUUGGUUGAAAAGAGCCGAAAAUUAUGAGAUUUUGGGAACUUAUGCUCAGACAGAACUAGGUCACGGCACUUUUCUUCGUGGUUUAGAAACACAAGCAACGUAUGACUCCAAUACCGAAGAGUUCAUCCUGCACAGUCCUUCAAUAACAGCUUACAAAUGGUGGCCUGGUGGUUUGGCGCAUACAGCAAAUUACUGUAUGAUUAUGGCGCAGCUGUACAUUAAAGACAAAAAUUAUGGACUUCAACCAUUUAUGGUGCAAAUCAGAGAUGAAGAAACUCACAUGCCUCUGCCAGGCAUUCAUGUGGGAGAAAUUGGACCCAAGCUUGGUUUUAAUACUGUCAAUAAUGGUUUUCUUGGGUUCAAUCAUGCCAGGAUUCCAAGAAAUUGGAUGAUGAUGAAAAAUGCACAAGUGUUAAAGGAUGGUACAUUCAAAGCUUCUCCAAAUAGUAAGUUGGUUUACGGUACAAUGGUAUAUGUGCGCGUUACAAUCCUAAAUACUGCAUCUAUUUAUCUAGCCAAGGCAGUAACCAUUGCAAUACGCUAUGCAGCCAUCAGAAGACAAUCGCAAUUAAAAAAUGGGGAGCCUGAACCUCAAAUAUUGGACUAUGUGACCCAGCAACAUAAAUUAAUAAUAGCGAUUGCAACAGCUCACGCUUAUCAUUUCACUGUGCGAUGGCUUUGGGAUCUUUACGUCAAAGUUAACAAAGAACUUGGUCGAGGACAGUUGGAUAAUUUGCCUGAGAUGCAUUCAUUAGCUUGUGCACUGAAAGUCAUCAGUUCUGCGGACUGCACGGCGCUGAUAGAGAAGUGUCGUAUGGCGUGCGGUGGUCACGGUUACAUGUUGUCGUCUUGCCUUCCUUUCCUCUAUGGAGUCUCAACAGCUACCUGCACUUACGAAGGAGAAAAUACCGUGUUGCUAUUGCAGACUGCUAGAUCCUUGUUUAAAGCAUGGGGUCAAGCCCUAAAAGGUCAACCAUUAAGUCCCUCUAUGGCUUAUCUUGCUGAUAAAUCGCCGUCGUCGACAUUUGAUGGAACACUUGAUGGAAUAAUUAAAAGUUUCCAGGUUGUAGCUAAAGGUAAGCUAUCAGCAAGCGUGUCGUCUUUCGAACAGUACCUGGCAUCUGGACUGGAUCCAGAAGACGCCUGGAACAAAGCUUCCAUCCAAUUAACAAACGCAGCUGAGGCACACGCUAGAGUACUCGUUCUGACAGCUUACAAAACAGAAGUAGAAAGAAAAACUGUCACACUUUCACCACCAUUAAAAACAGUUUUACAUCAACUUCUGGAACUCUACUUCAUCUUCUGGACUUUGGAAAAGAUGGGAGAUUUAUUACUGUACACGAACUUAUCGGAGAAGGACGUUCGUGUGUUACAGAAGAGGUACGAAGAUCUUCUUGAGAAAAUUCGGCCCAACGCUGUCGGUCUGGUCGAUGGUUUCGAUUUCAGGGACGAGGUAUUGAAUUCAACCCUCGGUGCUUACGACGGUCGGGCUUAUGAGCGCCUCAUGGAGGAAGCUCAAAAAAGUCCUCUGAAUGCUGAACCCGUAAACGAAUCAUUCCACAAAUAUUUAAAACCUUUCCUACGAGGUAAAUUGUAAAAAUAUAUUUAAAAUUUUGUACAAUUAUUCAAGCAUAAUUGUAAUGAAGAUUAGAACUAAUUUUUCAUGUUGAAUUUUGAAUAUUAUUUGAUAAAGUUUUAUUACUACAAGUAUUAUACAAUUUGUUUGUUAUUUUCUCAGAGGGAUAGUUGUUAAUAUGUUUAUAGUUUUUUGACGAAUUAAAUAAAAUUGUUUAUUUUUAUUA